AUGGGAUGGUCCCAGGCCAGUCAGAGAGGCCGCGGAGUCUCAGGGCCACGUUCCCAGAAUCGAAUGGAACAGGUUGACCGUGGUUCCAUUGCCCAUGCUUUGGAGAUUAAGGCUGAGUCGGUCAUCAUGUUAGAAGGGAGAGCGCCCACUCCACCCCCCAGGACAGCCAAGGGGCUGUCUCUGGGUGAGUCCCAGAGCAGACUUCCUGCUCAGGGCUCAGGGCUCCGGCAGCCUCUUUGGACCGAGGCUGGGGAGACUGGAGAGGUCAGAGGCCAAGCUCAGGCCCAGGCCAGGCCGGGUGGGAAAGAUGGCUUGUGGGAGCAGAGAAGUCAGCACCAGGACUGUCAAGAUUCUUGUAGAAACCUGGUCCCUGUAUCAAGAGUGGUGUACAAUGUUCUCAGUGAGCUGGAGAAGACAUUUGAUCUGUCAUUUCUGGAAGCAUUGUUCAGCGAGGUCAACAUGCAGGAAUAUCCUGAUUUAAAUCACGUUUAUAAAAGCUUUGAAAAUGUGAUCCAGGAGAAAAUUAAUCACAAAGAAAGUCCUGGACAAGAGAGGCCUACUAUUCAACUACGCCUUGAGCAAGGAGCUCGUGGAAACUCAUUUCGAUUCCUGACUUGGUGUUGCAGAGAGUCCUUAUCUCACAAUGGUAUGACCCCACCUGAAAAUGGACCCUCAGAUCACCUCUGUGAAACAGAACAGAUAAAUGCAAUGAGGAAAGAUACAACCAGCAAUCAAAAUGAUGCAAUAGAAAGCCAACAAGCAAAUGAACAAUGUGCCCAAGAGUCUGAACCAGCAGGUACGACCCCACCUGAAAAUGGACCCUCAGAUCACCUCUGUGAAACAGAACAGAUAAAUGCAAUGAGGAAAGAUACAACCAGCAAUCAAAAUGAUGCAAUAGAAAGCCAACAAGCAAAUGAACAAUGUGCCCAAGAGUCUGAACCAGCAGUGAUCAGCAGCGAGGACUCCGCAGAAUCCAGUGGUGGAGACAAGUCCCCUGAACCCUCCACAUCAGCACUGAGAAGGGUGUCUGAACCCAUGAAUAUCAGAAUAUCAUCUAGAAAAAGGAACUGGAAAAGAGUGAUAUUAAGUGAAGACUCUUCAGAGUCCAGUGAGGAAAAGGAGCCCCGGGCAACCUGGAGCUCAGCACUGAGAAGCGGUCCUGAUAAGGAGGGUUCUUGGGAUAUUGAAAACAUAUCUAUUUGCAGCAUAAGCAAUAGGAAAAGAUGGAUCAGCAGUGAUGACUCUUCAGAAUUGAAUAACGAAGACGAGCCUCAGGAAACUCCUAGCCCUAAGAAAUGUGUCAGAUAAAGAAGACUAGGAUGCCAAGCCUUGGCCUGCAGGAUGUCAGGAAUGAAGAGCUACUGUUUCCUGAUGAAUUUUACUCUGAGAUCUUGAAGAGCUUGUAUCCUGUUAAUCCUGGAACUGAUUCAGCAUUUUAGAAAAUGGAAUGUCAGGAAAUUUGUGAACGCAUGUUUAAUAGGAUGAGUCCUAUUGACUAAAUGUAUGUAACUGUGUAUUGCU